ACGAUUCGCUGACGAUGACUGAUUCCUAUUGCAGUGUCUAACACGGUAUCCUCUGCUCAUCCCGCAAGUUCUGCAGUAUAUCAACCCACCCACAUCAUCACCCGACCUGUUUUAGGUACUAGGAUUGACGCCGUCUCUUCUCACAGCGCAUGCGGAAUGGGAGUUAACAGGACAUGCGCUGGUGUUUGCGGAAUAUAUAUAUUAGAAGAGGUGAAUGAGACAAUACGAGAUCAGGAGAGCCGGGCGAGGGUUAGUGAGGUGAGCAACCAGCUAAGGAUGGGCAAGGGUCGUCUUGACCUUACGCUUCCGAAUCACCGCCUAGGUCCUCGAAAACUCCUCAAAAAAGGCGCGCUGACGAAAGCAAAAUGGAGGCGUAAGCUAGGCGUACUACUUUGGAGCGAUGUUCUCUUACUUUUCAACGAGAACGGCAGCGGAGGGUUACACCGCGUGCCUCUCCUCGUUCACGAACUCGAAAUCCAUCCCUCACGUAACCACACACGCCCUAAUGAUGCUCACAUUCGCAUCCACCAUGCCUAUCUGCGGUGCAGGGAGGCCCUCGUACCACGUGCUUCGAACAUCCGCAAAGCACGUACAUGGACAGAAGCAAUCUCAGGUAACUGCGAAGACAAGGGAGGGGACCAAGGUGGGCGUCGGUGAUUCCGGGUAGGAUUUGGACCCCCCAUUGUUAGUGUGGGGAUGGAGUUGCAGGUGCGGGGACGCCUCGGGCGAGUGCGCAUAUUGGC